AUGUUCAAAGUAAAUGUCUGUAUCGUAUAUAUUCAAAACUAAAUUACUUCUGACAUUUGCAUGAAAGUAUUAUAAUAAAUUUUUAAAUAUCUAACUGAUAAAAUUUAACAUUUGUUAUAUUUAUAUCUUUUUUAUUAUUUACAAUGAAUUGAAACUCUUCCCUAAUACAUAUAAGAAAAUUGAAUAUAUACGAUACUAUUUUCCUUAAAAUAGUUGAAUUUGAAUGUUUAAUAAGUAUGUUUGUAAAAAGUAAUUUGCAUGAUCAAAUAAGCAGAGCAUUAAGUUAAUGAUCUAUUAAAGAAUCCAUUUUACACGAUUGUAAUUGUUUAAUAAUAAUAAACUGAAAACAGGUAUUAAAUAUAAUUACAGUAUAUAAUAGAUAAUUGUAUAUUUGUAAAAGUAAAGAAAAUAAUGUUGCAAGAUUCUACAUAUUGAAAUUGAAAUUAGUUUUAAUUUCUAUUUUUUCUUUUACUUUUUUUAAUUAUGUAUGAUUAAGAAUAUUACAUUGUAGUGAUAUACUGAUAAAAUUAUUCAAAUCGACUAUUAUAAAUAUGUAUUUAGAGUAAUUCUAUGUUUGUAUUUUUUGUGGCCAUGAUAUUCAUUGUAUAUUUAUAUGUUAUAAAUAUACUGAAAUAAAAUAAAUAAUAAAUAUAUAAUAAUUUUCUUUGAUUAGAAUAAAUAUCUUGAAGCUAUCACAGUUCAUAUAUUUAAAGAUUCUUAUAAAGCUUGUACUUUGAAGAUUUUUCCAAGAAGGAUUAACAAAUAUUGAAACAUAUUAAAGUUUGAUGUAUCAACUUUUUAUUUAGCUCACUAAAUAUACUAAUAUUUCCAGCAGAUAUCUAUUAAUACAUUAUAUAUAUAUAAUAAUACAUGAAUCAAAUAACAAUAUAUUUCUUAUAUUUAUGUGUUACUUACUAUAAGAUAUUAACUAGUUAAAAUAUUGCAGUAUUAUAUUGCAAAUUAUAAUUACAAAAUAAAUCACUGUCUCAAUUAAUUGAAAUAUUAUUAUAAUUAUUAUUUAUCAUAAUACAAACUGAAAUCUUAUUAAAAUAUUUUAUUUUUGUAUAUUCAAAUGUGUGCUAUUGAAGUAAAUAUAAUUUACAUCAAAUUUAAAUCAAAAGAAGAUUUUAAAAAUUAAUCAAUAUUUUAAUAACUAUAUUAGUAUAAAGUAUUUCUUUAUAUAUAUAUACACACACACACACAUAUAUAUAUAUAAUUAUAUAAAUAUAUAUAUAUUUAUAUAAUUAAAAACAUACCUAGUUUUAUAACAAAUUAAUGAUUAUUUUUUAUUACAUAUUAAAAAAUAAAACUUAUUAUGGCAUUAAUUUCAUUUAUUAUCAACAAUGGCCAAUAAAAUAUUUUUAAUUUUAUAUUAACAAGUCAAAUAUAAUAUAAUUAUUAUAAGAAAAAAAUUACUAAAUUGUACUCUAGUUUGUACCAUAAUGGCAGAAAUAUUAAAUGAAAUUCUGUCAAAAUAUUAGCGUCGUAUGUAAAGUUUCUCCUAUAUAAUUCAUAUAUAACAUAUAAAUAUAAACAUUAUAUUAUAUUUUAUUGUGUAUUGCAGGAAUUAAUUCCUAAUUCAUAUGAACUAGAUUUAUCAGAUACGACCAUACUCAACAUUGAUUCUCUAGGUCUAAUCAUCAUAGCAGAAACUAGUAAAUAUCGAGAUGAAAGAACGUCGUUUAUACCUUGCAGCAGAAAAGAAUAUCUAUGCAGCGAGAAAGGAUUCCUAAUCCCUGAGACUCUCUCGCGGCAAGACAUUACGGGAAGAUACGCGGAGGUCUCAGGUUUAGCGAAUAUUAAAGUUGAAGGACUCCUUUGCAGAAAAGUGUGCGCGUACUUCGAAUGGUAUAACGGUGGUCGUAUUGAGCAAUGGUCCUAAAGAACACCAGCAGCAACCACAGACAGAACAUGCUGGUGGAGAAGAUACUGGAUUUGACUCAUGGAGAGGAGGCAAUAGUACCCAUCAUUCUAGUUAUCCAAUUGGAACUGGUGAUCCAUAUAGCCCUUAUUAUGCAGGUACUUCAUUCCCUUAUCAAACAUUUGGUGCUGGGGAUGGUACUUGGUCAAAUGGAACAGAUCCCGUUGCAUUUCUUUCUGGCUAUGGAGGUCAAAUAGGUCACGAUGCAUACGGCAUGGAUGGAAUGUUUUCUGCUAGUGCAGGAGGUGGUUUUAGUACAUUUGGUCAGCCUGCUUUUAAUUAUUUUCAUGGGAAUGGUGAUUUUAGUGCUUGGAGCACUCCAAGAAAAACACGCUAUGAAGAUUAUUACCAGGCACCACGUGGAAAUGAAAAUUAUCCAACACCUAGCAAUGCAGAAAUUAAGACUAUUGAACAAAGUGUACAAGGCUUGUCAUUAGGAAGUGGAGAAGUACCACGACAAGAUCAGCAAACAUCAUCUAAUCAAUCAAUAAAACCAGAAACGAAGGAACCCAGAAAGAUAACAUGGGCCAGCGUUGCAAGUCAACCUGCAAAGCCUGUCCCACCACUUUCAUCUUCUCAAGGAAUGAAGAAAAAGGCUGGAAUGCCACCACCACCUAUUGUGCCAGGAAAGCAUAAUAUGGACAUUGGAACAUGGGGUGAAGGUAAAUCUUCUGCACCACCUCCAACAGCACCACCACCACCACAGGUACAACCUCCUGUUCCACCUCCUCCACCAUUGGCUCAGAGACAGAGACCUCCUCCUCCUCCACCAUGUUGGAAUAGACAACCUACAACACCUCCAUUGCCUCCGCAAUCACAGAUUCAUAUGCCCCCACAACCACAGCAUCAACACCAACAACAGCAGCAGCAGCAACAACAGCAACAGCAGCCACAGCAACUGCAGCCACAACAACAACAAAUUACACAAUCACAAUCACAUCCUGUUUUAGACGAGCUGAAAGUGAAAAAUGAUUAUAAUCCUGUAGAAUUUGAUGAAACUGCUCCUGGAGCUAGGUUUUUUGUAAUCAAGUCUUACUCUGAGGAUGAUAUUCAUAGAUCCAUUAAAUAUGAAAUUUGGUGCAGUACUGAACAUGGUAAUAAAAGGUUGGAUCAAGCAUAUAAAGAAGCUAGCCGUGAAGGUGCCCCUUUAUAUUUGUUCUUUUCUGUCAAUGGAUCUGGUCACUUUUGUGGUAUGGCACAAAUGGUGUCACCUGUUGAUUAUAAGAGCAAUAGCUCUGUAUGGUCGCAAGAUAAAUGGAAAGGUCAAUUUCGCGUACGUUGGAUUUAUGUUAAAGAUGUUCCUAAUGUGCAACUUCGUCACAUUAGAUUAGAAAACAAUGAAAAUAAACCAGUGACUAAUUCAAGGGAUGCACAGGAAGUCCCUCAUGCAAAAGGCGUAACAGUGCUACGUAUAUUGCAUACUUAUCGGCAUUCAACUAGUAUUUUUGAUGACUUUGGACAUUAUGAGCGUAAACAAGCAGAAGAAGAUCAACGUAAGGCUCCGUCAAAUGCUAUACAACAUCAUCAUUCUGCCAAUCAUAGAAAUAGAGGACAUUCGGACUUGUCAAGGGAUCAUCAUCCUCAUCAAUCGCAUUUACAUCAUCAACGCAAAGUAAAUAAUAGCAUUACAAUAUUAUAAUUGCUAUAUAAAUAUUAUAAGUAAAAUUCAAAAUUAAUUGAGAUAACAUGUUUUAAAUAGUAAUAUAUUUGUUUGUAUAGGAUCGAGAUGGUGGUCGUGGUAGAGGCAGAGGAGGUUCACGCCAGUAG